AUGGUGAUCGCGAUCACCAAGUAUUUCGACUGGCCACUGGACCAACUCGAUGUGGUGACAGCCUUUCUCUACGGAGUGAUGAAGGAGAAGGUGUACUGCGUGAUACCAGAAGGCGUCGAGAUGGAUGGCGACUUCGACUGUCUCGAGUUGGUGAAGGCGAUCUACGGUCUCAAGCAAGCUUCACUGUGUGGAACGAGACUUUCGACGAGUUCCUCGCUCGAGUUGAUUGCGCAGACGAAGGCCGACCUCAAGACGCGUUUCGAGAUGACCGACAGUGGCAAGUGUACUUUUGUACUGGGCAUCGAACUGGUGGACGAAUCGGAUGGCAGCGUGACAAUGUGCCAGCGACGGUAUGUCAACGACAUCCUCAAGCGCUUCGGCAUGGAUGCGUGCAAGGCCACAGCAAGUCCGGUCGACUUGAGCACUCGGCUUGUCGCAAGCACCGAAGCGGCCAAGAUCGACGUUCCGUUUCGUGAAGCUGUGGGAGCUUUGAUGCACUUGACGACUGCGACGCGCCCGGACAUUGCGUAUGGUGUGGGGUACGUCUCGCGCUUCAUGGAGAAUCCGCAGCAAGAACAUUGGACGGCGGUGAAGCGCAUCUUUCGUUACUUGCAAGGGACCAAGUCGCACGGACUCCGCUUCCAGCCAAGCGACAAGAUCGACUUUCGUGGCUACUCGGACGCGGACUGGGCCGGCGACCACGCUGAUCGCAAGUCGACUUCGGGUUACACUUUCAUGCUGAUGGGUGCUCCUGUGAGUUGGGGAAGCAAGAAGCAGUCAAGUGUGUCGCUGUCGACGAGUGAAGCGGAAUACAUCGCACUGAGUCUGGCCAUCCAGGAAGGCAAGUGGGUGCAUCGCCUGCUAUGCGAGAUUUUGGCGGCCGCAAACGAACCAGGACCGGACCUCGUCAUCCGUGAAGACAACCAGUCGUGCAUCAAGAUGACGAAGAAUCCGGUGAAUCAUGGCCGCGCCAAGCACAUCGACAUCAAGUACCAUCACAUCCGUGAUGAGGUCAAGCGCGGGGAAGUGCAGCUCGAGUAUUGCGAGACUUCCGUGAUGAUGGCGGACAUCAUGACCAAGGGACUUUCGGGACCUCGUCACAAGGACUUGACGACGGCUCUCGGCAUUCGUGCGAGUUCGGAUUGA